AUGGGGUUUCAAAUGCGAUACUUGGUGGCGGCCGGCGUCUUGGGCGCGGCGAUGAUGGCGUUGUCGUCCUGCGCGACGCUCAGCGAGGAACAGUGCCAGGUGGUCGACUGGCAGCAAUUGGGCGAGUCCGACGGCACGCGCGGGUUUCCCGUCACCUAUGUCGGCCAGCAUCAGGAAGCCUGCACCAAGCACGGCAUCUCGGUCGAUGCGGCAAGCUGGCAGACCGGCUGGCAGCGCGGUAUCCGCACCUAUUGCACGGCGGCCAACGGGCUCAAUGUGGGCCGUACGGGCGGCAUCAACCGCAAUGCCUGUCCGGCCGACAUGGCGCUGGCCUUCAACGAGGCCUACACCGUCGGCCGCCGGGUUCAUGACGCCCGCUCAGAACGCGACUCGGCCCAGCAGGAAAUCGACAGGCUGAUCCGCGAACUGUCCGCCGCGACAGCGGAGGAAGAUCGCCGGCGCAUCCAGCUCGAGAUCGAGCUUGAGCGCAACCGGCUUUCGUCGGCUCAAGGCGAUGUCUUCAGCGCCGAGCGCGCGGCCGACCUCUACCAGUUCCGCGCCGCCCAGGUCGAGGACUUCCCCCCGCGCUACAACAUCGCGCCAACGCAGCCCCUUUUGGUCGUCACCGCUGCCGAGACGCGUCCGGAGGGCUCGAACCUGCCCGAUCGCAACGCGCUUCUGAUGCGCUGGGGCUUGCUGCCGGCCUGGGUCAAGGAUCCCGAGGACUUCCCGCUUCUGAUCAAUGCCCGUUCGGAAACCGCGGCGGAAAAGGCCUCGUUCCGCGCGGCGAUGCGUCACCGGCGCUGCAUCAUUCCCGCAUCGGGCUUUUACGAAUGGGCACGGGACAAGGCGUCCGGCCAGUCGCAGGCCUUUUGGGUGCGGCCGCGCGACGGCGGCCCCGUCGGCUUUGCGGGCUUGCAUGAAACAUGGAUCGGAAAGGAUGGCAGCGAGAUCGACACGUGCGCGAUCAUGACGAUGGCCGCGCCCGACGAUCUGUCCCAUAUCCACCACCGUGUGCCGGUCGCGCUGCGGCCCGAGCACCAUGACCGCUGGCUCGAUGUGCGCGGUCAGGGCCCCGCCGACAUUGUCGAUCUUUUUGCGCCCGACGCGCAGGUGAUGUUCGACGCCAUCGCGGUGUCCGACAAGGUCAACAAGGUGGCCAAUGCCGGCCCCGACGUUCAGGAGCCGGUCGAACCGCGCGCCUUCGCGCUGCCGGGCGCGGGGCUGAUGCGCAGCCAUGUGUUCAUCCUGUGCCUGAUCUGCGCACUGUCCGACGCGCUUUUGAUCGCCGCCGGCGUCGCCGGGCUCGGUACGCUGAUCGCCGCCAACCCGUCCCUGAUCACCAUCGUGACACUGGGCGGCGCGGCGUUCCUUCUCGUCUAUGCGGCGCUGGCGCUGCGCCGCGCCCUGCGGCCGUCAGUCCUUCUGGCCGAGGCGCCGGGUGGCAAGCCGCUGCCGCUCAAGGCGGCGAUUGCAACGUGCCUGGCGUUCACCUUCCUCAACCCGCACGUCUAUCUGGACACGGUCGUGUUGCUGGGAAGUCUGUCGGGACGGUAUGAGGGCGCGGCGCGCGUGGCAUUUGGCGGCGGCGCGAUGACGGCCAGUUUCGUCUGGUUCUUUUCGCUCGGCUAUGGCGCGCGGCUUCUGGCGCCAUUGUUCGCAAAGCCCGGCGCAUGGCGCGUGCUCGACGUGCUGAUUGCGGUGAUCAUGACGGCGCUCGCCAUCGGGCUGCUGGCCAGCGCCCCAGGCAUCUGCCAUUUGCCGCUCCUGGUCCGUGAGAAGCAAAUGGCCGAGCACAGUGGAAGAUGGGGCGCAAACUCCACCGCGAGAUACCCGGCUCCGCCUUGCGCAGAGAUGGCCGAAACCGCCGGCAGCACGAUCCGCCUCUACAACACGCUGACGCGCGCCAAGGCGCCGUUCACGCCGAUCGAUCCGGACAAUGUCCGCCUCUAUGUGUGUGGACCGACGGUCUACGAUUAUGCCCAUAUCGGCAAUGCGCGCCCGGUCAUCGUCUUCGACGUGCUGUUCCGGCUUCUGCGCCACGUCUAUGGCGAAAAGCACGUCUCCUAUGUGCGCAACAUCACCGACGUCGAGGACAAGAUCAACGCGCGUGCCCUGCGCGAUUAUCCUGAACUGCCGCUGAACGAGGCGAUUCGCGCGGUGACCGAGAAGACCGCCGCGCAGUUCCAGGCCGACGCGCUGGCGCUCGGCUGCCUGCCGCCGACCCAUGAGCCGCGCGCCACCGAACAUGUCGCCGGCAUGAUCGCGAUGAUCAACGACCUGAUUACGCGCGGCCAUGCCUAUGUCGCAACUGGCGACGAGGGCGCGGAAGUGCUGUUCGACGUGGGCUCGAUGCCGGAUUAUGGCGCCCUGUCGGGCCGCGAUCUCGCAGACCAGAAGGCGGGUGCGCGCGUCGCCGUCGCCGAUCACAAGCGCGACGCGGCCGAUUUCGUGCUGUGGAAGCAGAGCGGACCGAACGAACCGGGCUGGGAUGCCGAUUUCGGCGGAACCCACAUUCGCGGCCGCCCGGGCUGGCACAUCGAAUGCUCGGUUAUGAGCGCCCACCAUCUGGGCGAGGUGUUCGACAUUCAUGGCGGCGGCAUCGAUCUGGUCUUUCCCCAUCAUGAAAACGAGAUCGCCCAGAGCCGCUGCGCCCAUGGGACGGCGACCAUGGCCAAUGUCUGGAUGCACAAUGGCUUCCUGCAGGUCGAGGGCAGGAAGAUGUCGAAAUCGCUCGGCAACUUCGUCACGGUCCAUGAACUGCUGGCGACGGAGAAGUUCGGCGGGCGGGCGUGGCCCGGCGAGGUGCUGCGCCUCGCCAUGCUGAUGACCCAUUAUCGCGAGCCGAUCGAUUUUUCGGUCCGGCGGCUGGAGGAGGCGGAAUCGCUUCUGGCGCGCCUGUGGCGGCGGGCCGGCGAAGCCAUAAGCAACGGCACGCGGCAAGCCGUGAUCGAUGCGCUGAGCGACGACCUCAACAGUGUCGACGCGAUCCACGCCCUCAAUGGACUUGCCGGCGAACCGCUUCGCGACGCGCUCGAAUUGCUCGGUCUGCCGCCGGCGGUUCCGGUCGGCCACGUCGACCUCGAUGCGGUGCAGGCGGCCAUCGAUGCCCGCCUCGCCCUGAUUGCCGACAAGAACUGGGCCGAAGCCGACCGCAUCCGCGACGAAUUGCUCGAACGGGGCAUCCAGCUCAAGGACGGCAAGGACCCGGACACCGGCGAACGCUGCGGCGCGGUGCGCUACCGCGUCACGUUGCCGCUCAAAGACCCGCAUUUGUGUCAUUGUCGCAUGUGCCAGAAGGCGGUCGGCAACUAUUUCGUGCCGUUGGCCAGCGUCGAACGGGCGGCCUUUGAAAUCACCCGGGGCGAACCGGCCUGGUUUCACUCAUCGGGACCGGUGCGGCGCGGUUUCUGCCGUGAUUGUGGCACGCCGCUUCUGUUCGAGACCGUCGGCUUUGACGGCAUGACGAUCACGCUCGGCUCACUGGACGAUCCAGCAUCGGUGCCGCCGAUUUCGACCUAUGGCGUGGAAUCGAGGAUGCCGUGGAUUGUGGAGGCGGUCGAACGCGACGGCCGCACCACUGAAGAAGAGGAGUAUCUCGACGGCCAGCGCGUCCGCGACAUCGCCGCAACAAACCGGCAGCAUCCCGAUCACGACACCGAUAUGCCCAGAUGGCUGCUCUACGGACUGAUCGCCAAGGGUAUCGCCGUCGUUGCGAUCACGCUCGCCGUGCUCUACUACGCCGGGGACAAGAUCACCAUCGCGCGGCUGCUGGACGAGUUCGGCAUCGACUAUGUCGAGGGCGGCUAUCCCGGCGCCAACCCCACCGACACGGCCUUUUUCGAGCGCAAGCGAACCAGCGACGCCGCUUUCGUCGCCUUCGGCAUGACCAAACGCGCCGGCGUCUCGGCCUCAAACGACCCCGGCCUUGCCGCGCUGACGGGCGCUGCGGCGGACGCGGUCUGCUUUGUUGCCAAGGCGUGGGACUAUCAUGUCGAUGUGGCGCUCGGCUGCACGCUCGAGGAAAAUCUGGACUCGAUCCGCGACUCGGUCGCGGCCGCCAUCUCUGCCGGGCGCGAGGCGAUGGUCGAUUGCGAGCAUUUCUUCGACGGCUACAAGGCCAAUCCGGACUAUGCGCUGGAUUGCGCCCGCGCCGCACUUGAGGCUGGCGCGCGCUGGAUCGUCCUGUGCGACACCAAUGGCGGAACCCAGCCCGACGAGGUUCGCGCCAUCACCCGAGCGGUCAUCGACGCCGGCGUGCCCGGCGACCGGCUCGGUAUCCAUGCCCAUGACGACACCGGUCAGGCGGUCGCCAACUCGCUGGCCGCCAUCGAUGCGGGGGUGCGGCAGGUGCAGGGCACGCUCAACGGCAUCGGCGAACGCUGCGGCAAUGCCAAUCUGGUCACGCUGAUCGCAACACUCGGCCUGAAGCCGGCCUGGUCGGAGCGGUUCGAGACCGGCAUUUCGGCGGAAAACCUGAUCGGGUUGACGCGCCUGUCGCGCUCUUUCGACGAAUUGCUCAACCGCGCGCCCGAUGCGCAGGCGCCCUAUGUCGGCGCUUCGGCUUUUGCCACCAAGGCCGGCAUUCACGCUUCGGCCCUGGUCAAGGAUCCCAAGACCUAUGAGCAUGUGCCUGCCGAAUGCGUCGGCAACAUGCGGCGUGUCAUGGUCUCCGACCAGGGCGGCAAGUCCAACUUCAUCAACGAGCUCAAGCGGCGCGGCAUCGCCGUCGCCAAGGACGAUCCGCGCCUCGACACGCUGAUUGCCAUCGUCAAGGAGCGCGAGGCGGACGGCUAUGCCUAUGAGGGGGCCGACGCCAGCUUCGAGCUUCUGGCCCGCAGGACGCUCGGCGAAGUGCCGGACUUCUUCGAGGUGGAUUCGUUCCGCUGCGUGGUCGAACGCCGCCACAAUGCGCGCGGCGCGCUGAUCACGCUGUCCGAAGCGGUGGUCAAGCUGACGGUCGAUGGCGAGCAGCGCAUGUCGGUCGCCGAAGGGCAGGGGCCCGUCAACGCGCUCGAUCUGGCGCUGCGCAAGGAUCUGGGCAAGUACCAGGGCGAGAUCGCCGAUCUCGAACUGGUCGACUACAAGGUGCGCAUUCUGAACGGCGGCACCGAGGCGAUCACCCGCGUUCUGAUCGAAUCCACCGACAUGACCGGUCGGCGCUGGUGGACGGUCGGCGUCUCCGACAACAUCAUCGAUGCCUCCUUCCAGGCGCUGAUGGAUUCGAUCACCUUCAAGCUGAUGAAGAACAGGGGCACCGCCGGCCUGAUGGCGGUCGACCAUAUGCCGGCCUGGGAAGUGGUGGCCCAUCGCGUGAUCUGGUCUGUGCCGGUGGCGGGCCUUCUUCUGAUCCUGAUGCGCCGCACCGCCGAUCUGCGCGCCGCGCUGCGCGAUCCGAAAACCCUUGCGCAGGCGGCGCUGACCGCCGGGCUCAUCUCGAUCAAUUGGGGCGUCUAUGUCUGGGCCAUCGCCGCCGAACGCACGGUCGAGGCCGCGCUCGGCUAUUACAUCAACCCGCUUGUCAAUGUGCUCCUGGCGACGGUGUUUCUCGGCGAACGGCUUAACCGGCUGCAGGCGCUGGCGGUCGGCUGUGCCGUCAUCGCCGUCGCCAUCCUGACAAUGCGCGCGGGCGGCCUGCCAUGGGUGUCGCUGACGCUGGCCUUUUCGUUCGGCCUUUACGCCUUUUUCCGCAAGACAUUGCCGGUGGGCGCCUCGCAGGGGUUCAUGCUCGAAGUGCUGCUUCUGUCGGUGCCCGGCCUUGCCAUCAUCGUCUGGAUGACCGCGCAGGGCACCGGCCAUUUCGGCCUCACUGGAUGGAGCGACAUCUGGCUGUUGCUGCUUGCCGGACCGGUCACUGCGAUCCCGCUGAUCCUCUACGCCAACGGUGCCAAACUGCUGCGCUUCACGACGAUCGGCGUGAUGCAGUAUCUGACGCCGACGCUGAUCUUCCUGGUCGCGAUCUUCAUCUUCGGCGAGCCGUUCUCGUUCUGGCAGCUUGUCGCCUUCGGCUUCAUCUGGGGCGCGCUCGCGCUUUACACCCUGUCGCUCUUUCAAAGCGCGCGCGCGGCCGCCCGGAUCGUUGGACGCUCGCCGCCCGCCGCCUGA